AUGCGCAGGAGUCGGGAGAAGGGGACCGAAUCUGGAAACACUGCUAGACACAAUGCUGGUCGGACUGUACAACGACGGCGUUGUGAUCCAUUCCUUGUCUCCAACUUCCCGAUACGGUACCAGACCCUACGUUACCUGAACUCUGCAACAAGGGCCCCGCGACGUGCUUUUCUGCAGAAACCGUACUGGAAGUCCGUCUCACCCAUGUGUCACACCGAGCACGUUUACCAUCGACCCUGCAGCCACUGGGGUCGUGAGCGCUUCGUGGGAGAGCCUUGCUGUCGGGCUCGAAUCGUCGAUGGUCGGUAUACGCCGUGCCUCUACGCAGAGAACAUCGGGUCCGUUAACAGCAAAGAGGCUUGCGUCGACUGCAGGUUUCGCAAGUCGCGGGGUGGAGAUGGUUGGAGACCAUUCGCCAAAGUCAGCAUCGCCGGAUGGGCUAGGGUGGAAGAGAAGAUGCAACAACGAGAAGUGAGACAGGCAGCUUCAGUGCGAUACGAAGAGGGUAACUGUGCUCUUUCCCUUGGCGGAAGUUGCGGCUCACGGGGUGAUUCAGAGGGUCACAGAUGGUACUAUCACUGGAAGGGUUGGUGGUCUCUCGAGAUGAAGACUGCGAGUAACGAUGGGCGCAAGCGGUUCUCUUGA